AGGAAGGUCAGCCCAUCAAUCAAAUUCUUUUAGGAGAGGAUUACGACGAGCCAAGCAUUUUUCACAGGAACACGAAACAAAUAGAUUAUUCAUAUACAUCUACAAUUAGGGUUUCGAUUCUUGGAUCUCUUUCAGGAUGGCUGGGGGCGGAAAUUUCAUUCACAGAGUGCUUUCUUAUGUCGCUAACGAGCUCAUCGUAAAUGGACUUGCCAACAACCCGAGUUUCCAGAGAUUUGCAGUGAGGACAUCAAGGAAGAUGAACGAAAUAUCUGAGAUUGCUGCUCAGAAGAAGAAAGAGUUGGCCGAGCAAGUGAAGGAUGCAUCUAAGAACUUUGGGCCCAAGGACCAGUGAUGGUCGAAGAUCGAUCUGCUGAAACGGUGUGGGAGUUGUUUUUGUAUAGUGCAUUAGAUCUUGGUGAGGAAAAUGUAGGUGCGUGGUGAUUGUUCUUUUCUUCAUCUAAAUAAGAAGAUGAAGGUUGAUGAUGAAACUUCUUGUUGAAUACUUAUUUAAUAGUAGUGGAUAAUAAUCGAAUUGGCACUUUUGACGGUGUAGCCUAUUUGUGUCGGCGAUGAGUAUGUAAUCCUAGUACUUUUCAUUA